CAGCAGCCGCAGCAGCAGCGGCCCCAGGAUGGUGAGCGCCGCUGACCCCCAGCCCUGGCCCGUCGCCCCCGGCCCGCGCUCCCGCCCCGGUCCCUGGGCCGGACGCCCCCCCAGGCCGCGCACACUCACCUAGGACCCGGCCGGGAUGCCGAGGAAACACAUUGGGCCAUUCCUUUAUUCCAUCUCCAGCAGGCAAGAGGUGCAUGCGCACACAGCUCUGUUGAAGAUGCACUGGACACCGGAACACGCCCAGCCCCUCAACCAGUGGCCAGAGCAGCACCUGGAUGUCUCCUCCACCACCCCGUCACCGGCCCACAAGUUGGAGCUGCCUCCAGGGAGUCGCCAGCGCUGCCACUACGCUUGGGCACACGACGACAUUUCCGCCCUCACAGCCUCCAACCUCCUCAAGAGAUACGCGGAGAAGUACUCUGGGGUCCUGGACUCUCCCUACGAGCGCCCUGGCCUGGGCAGCUACGGUGACGCCGCCUUCCUCAACGGUGCCAAAGCGGACCCGGAGCCCUGGCCCGGACCGGAGCCACCUUACCCUCUAGCCUCACUCCACGAAGGCCUCCCGGGAGCCAAGCCGGCCGGCGCAGGUGGCUCCGCGGGCCUCGGCGGCUCCCCGGUGGUAGCAGGGAACCUAACUGAGCCUCUCUACACGGGCAACGCAUGCGGGGGCCCGUCGGCGGCCACCGAGUACGUGGCGGGCUACGGAGGCGGGUACCUGGCGUCCGGCUACUGCGCGCAGACAAGCGCAGCGCUCGCUCCGCCGCCCCCGGCCGCGCUCCUGCAGCCAGCACCGCCACCCGGCUACGGGCCCUCCGCGCCACUCUACAACUACCCGGCGGCGGGCUAUGCGGCGCAGCCCGGCUACGGGGCGCUCCCGCCGCCCGCCGCGCCGCCCGCGCCCUACUUGCCCUCCGGGCUAGCGGCGCCCCACGCCCUGCCCGCGCCCGCGCCACCCCCAGCCCGCCCUACGGCUUCCCCAGGGGCCGCCGAGGGCGUGUCGCUGAAGCGCAAGGCGGUGGACGAGGGCGCGGAGGCCCGCUACCGCAAGUACGCGUACGAGCCUGCCAAGGCCCCCGCGGCCGAUGGUGCCGCCUAUCCCGCCGCGGACGACGCCGAGUGUCGGGGCAACGGGUUCCGCGCGAAGCCACCCGGGACGACAGAGGAUGGGACGGGCAAGUACGGCGGGGGCGGCUCUCUCAAGGUGCUGGGCUCCCCCGCCUACGCCCCGCAGCUGGAGCCCUUUGACAAGUUUGCGGAGCGGGUCCCAGCCGCGCACGGAGGAUUCGCGGAGCCGUCCGGGGAGCCCGCCAAGGGCGUGGACCCGGGGACGCUGGAGCUGGUGAGCAGCAAGAUGGUGGACUGCGGGCCCCCGGUGCAGUGGGCAGACGUGGCGGGCCAGGGCGCGCUCAAGGCGGCGCUGGAGGAGGAGCUGCUGUGGCCCUUGCUGAGGCCGCCCGCCUGUCCCGGCAGCGCGCGCCCGCCGCGGACCGUGCUGUUCUUCGGGCCCCGCGGCUGCGGCAAGGCGCUGCUGGGGCGCUGCCUCGCCACCCGGCUGGGUGCCACUCUGCUGCGCCUGCGCGGAGCCAGCCUGGCGGCCUCUGGUGCCGUCGAGGGCGCGCGCCUCCUGCAGGCGGCCUUUGCGGCUGCGCGCUCGCCGCCCGCGGUGCUGCUCAUCAGCGAGCUGGACGCGCUGCUGCCAGCGCGGGACGACGGCGCGUCGCUGCGGGCGCCUCUGCUGACCUGCCUGGACGGUGGCUGCGGCGCGCGCGCCGACGGCGUGCUGGUGGUGGGUACCACCUCGCGGCCGGCGGCCCUGGACGAGGCCACCCGGCGGCGAUUCGCGCUGCGCUUCUACGUGGCGCUGCCGGACGGCGCGGCGCGCGGGCAGAUCCUGCAGAGGGCGCUGGCUCAGCAGGGCUGUGCUCUGAGUGAGCGGGAGCUGGCCGCCCUGGUGCAGGGCACCCAGGGCUUCUCUGGGGGCGAGCUGGGGCAGUUGUGCCAGCAGGCAGCAGCCGAGGCGGGCCUCUCCGGACUGCAGAGGCCCCUCUCCUACAAAGAAGUGGAGGCUGCUCUAGCCAAGGUGGGCCCUCGGGCUCCUCCCAAGGAGCUGGACUCAUUAGUUGAGUGGGACAAAAUGUAUGGCUCCGGACACUGAGGGUGGCAGAGGAGGCCAACUCUGCCUUGGGUGGGAUGUCUUUGGCCAAAGGAGUGAUGAAUGUGGGGCGGGAGAGGGAGGGCUCUCCCGGUGGAUUUUUUUUUUUUAAAUGGGAAGGAAAAUGCUUCUGCCAGGCAGAUCGAUGCCAUAAGCACCGGUGUACUCAGGUUUUUCCUAUUUAUUGUGGACGGGAAGUUCGCCAUCUCUGCCCGGCAGACCCGGCACAUCCGACAUGAGUUGGCAUCAGGGCCUAAGGAACUCCUGCUCUCUCUCCUUAACCUCUGUCUCUUGUCUUCUGGGCCACACCCUCCUUUCCCAUUCUUCUUUCUCAGUAUUGGCUUCCUUUUCUCCUCAGGGUUUUGUCACUGACCCCUCCCCAUGCCGUCCCCGUUCCUUUUCAGCUCCUCCUUCCGGUCCCUAUCUAUCACCCUCUGUGCUUCUGUCUCUGUCGUCCAGUGUCUCCCGGACCCUGUGCUUUAACCCACCCUCCCUCAUUGUUUUCAUUCACACUGCAGCAACUCUUGGCGGAAGUUCUUCUGGCCUGGAGGCUGAGAAAGGUGGAGCAGGGAGCCCCAAGUCUCCUCUGUAUCCUACCCACCUGAAAUCUUGGGGUCUUAGGGAUGGGACAAGGAUAAAAACCACCCAAAGAAGGCUUUUGUUUUGCCUUUUGGUUUGUUCAAUUUUUUUUUUUUGAGGGGAAGUCCCAGAAAUGUAGGUUGCUAAAUAUUUUAGGCCUCUUAUUUUUGUAAGAUGUGUAGGAUUUGCUGUUUUUCGUUUUAUUUUGACAACUCAGGAAGAAACUGACCUCAGAAAGAAUGUUAGAGUUUGGCUGCUCUUCUGUUGCCCUCAACCCCGUCCCUUGGGGAGCAGAUUCUCCCAGACCAGAGAGAUUUGAGGCUAAUGAGGAAGACCAGACAUGAGCAAGCUCCAAACUGCUGUUCCAGGGAUAGAAACAGAAUGUAUCUAAGGGCUUCCUCCCCAGGACCAACUUGCAAGCAAGAGGUGAGGAUGGGUCACAGGCCCCAGAGGAAGGGGCUUGCUGCUUUCUUGCCAUUCUCUUCCUUGGGCCCCAGUCCUCAGCUUCCGGUGGUCUGCGAACCUUCCAGAGAGUUGGGGUACUCUUGUCCAUUUCCUGCCUUAGAGGUGACCCAGGCAGAAGGUUCUCAGGCCAUCUGACUGAAAGUAGGUUCUGUCAGAGACGCUCAAUAAAAAGCUAAGAGGAUUUCCUCAGGCAUGAACAUGGUCUGGCCACAAGUCUGGCUGGGCACAAUAUUGACUACUAGGAGCCAGGCCACCUGUGACAAGGCAGAGCAGUGCCCUGGAAAGGGUUCUGUGUCUCUGUACGGGGAUGUCUACUUGUCCCCAUGGAGUGCUGGGUCUAGCUAGACCUGGAGGGCCUGGAGGGAACUGGGUUGUUUUCCUGUGAUGCUGGUCCAGAGCCCUUCUCUGCAAACCACAUCCCUCCUGCUCCUGCUCCUCAGGCCAUUUCACAAUCUUUGGUGCAAGAAGGGACCCCCUCCCCCCAUCUUUGUCCCAC